AUCCUUCCUCUCAAGGACGCACAGAACAGAGUAGUGUAAACCAGCCGUCUCAGAGCAUGUUGACUCUGGAUGAUUCGAAUGUGAUGGUUGUUAGGGAACAAACGCCGUCGGAAGCGCUUGCAAUAGUCCCGAUCCAAUUUUUUGUGCCGCCAUCCCAACAAACAACCACUGACGCAGAUUCCGAACCAACCCCUAUGCUACAGAUUGAAGGGGCUAGAGAAACCACUCCUGAAACCCCCAAACAACAUCAAGAAACAACACCCAAGCUUCCCCCAGCUCCAACAAAAAUUCAUCCAGACGCCGAGGACGCUGCUGCCCUCUUGAUGAUGGCACGGACAGCAAGCUAUGUUCCUAAAACAGAUCUGCCGAUGCCAUCAUUCAGUCUCGGAUUGACAGAUUCAAGCCAGGAGGGGGCGUCGACGCAGGAGACUGAAAGGGAAAAAUCUCCAGAAACUGCAACUAUACUGGAACAAUUGGACAGUUUGGUCCAAAAGUUAGCAAGCAGUGCGUCAAAGGGAAAAGAAGAAAGUCCGCAAAUUCGGAGGGAGACUGGGGGAGAAAGUUCUGCUAAGUUUGAAACACCGGGGGGGAACAAAUCAAAUUCCGGAUGA